UUGACUGUGGUGUGCCGCAUCGCAUCGUUCCUUGUAUUGACUGUGGUGUGCCGCAUCGCAUCGUUCCUUGUAUUGACUGUGGUGUGCCGCAUCGCAUCGUUCCUUGUAUUGACUGUGGUGUGCCGCAUCGCAUCGUUCCUUGUAUUGACUGUGGUGUGCCGCAUCGCAUCGUUCCUUGUAUUGAAUGUGGUGUGCCCCAUCGCAUCGUUCCUUGUAUUGACUGUGGUGUGCCGCAUCGCAUCGUUCCUUGUAUUGACUGUGGUGUGCCGCAUCGCAUCGUUCCUUGUAUUGACUGUGGUGUGCCGCAUCGCAUCGUUCCUUGUAUUGACUGUGAUGUGCCGCAUCGCAUCGUUCCUUGUAUUGACUGUGGUGUGCCGCAUCGCAUCGUUCCUUGUAUUGACUGUGGUGUGCCGAAUCGCAUCGUUCCUUGUAUUGACUGUGGUGUGCCGCAUCGCAUCGUUCCUUGUAUUGACUGUGGUGUGCCGCAUCGCAUCGUUCCUUGUAUUGACUGUGGUGUGCCGCAUCGCAUCGUUCCUUGUAUUGACUGUGGUGUGCUGCAUCGCAUCGUUCCUUGUAUUGACUGUGGUGUGCCGCAUCGCAUCGUUCCUUGUAUUGACUGUGGUGUGCCGAAUCGCAUCGUUCCUUGUAUUGACUGUGGUGUGCCGCAUCGCAUCGUUCCUUGUAUUGACUGUGGUGUGCCGCAUCGCAUCGUUCCUUGUAUUGACUGUGGUGUGCCGCAUCGCAUCGUUCCUUGUAUUGACUGUGGUGUGCUGCAUCGCAUCGUUCCUUGUAUUGACUGUGGUGUGCCGCAUCGCAUCGUUCCUUCUAUUGACUGUGGUGUGCCGCAUCGCAUCGUUCCUUGUAUUGACUGUGGUGUGCCGCAUCGCAUCGUUCCUUCUAUUGACUGUGGUGUGCCGCAUCGCAUCGUUCCUUGUAUUGACUGUGGUGUGCCGCAUCGCAUCGUUCCUUGUAUUGACUGUGGUGUGCCGCAUCGCAUCGUUCCUUGUAUUGACUGUGGUGUGCCGCAUCGCAUCGUUCCUUGUAUUGACUGUGGUGUGCCGCAUCGCAUCGUUCCUUGUAUUGACUGUGGUGUGCCGCAUCGCAUCGUUCCUUGUAUUGACUGUGGUGUGCCGCAUCGCAUCGUUCCUUGUAUUGACUGUGGUGUACCGCAUCGCAUUGUAG